UCAAGUCUUCCCCCUUUCUCUUCUCUCAGCUGCAACCCAAAAUUAAUAUACUUUCACAUCCCAUUUGCACAUCAACAGCCUCUCUCUCUCUCUCUCUCUCUCUCAUUAUCUUUUCCCCGCUCCGACCAUUAUUCACAAGAAACACGUUCAAAUCAUUCAUCUAUAUAUAUAUAUUUAUGAUCAAAUCCAGUCCGUAGCAGAGAAACUGCUGUUUUUCCGAUCGUACAACAAGACAUGUCGUGUUCUUCUUCGUCCGGAUCAGAGGAAGACGAUGAGGGAAUUGACUCUUAUAGGAAAGGUGGAUAUCACGCUGUUAGAAUCGGCGAUCCGUUCGCUGGUGGACGAUACAUCGCCCAGAGGAAGCUCGGCUGGGGCCAAUUCUCUACUGUAUGGCUCGCUUACGAUACUCGUACUUCUAGUUAUGUUGCUCUCAAGAUUCAAAAAAGUGCACAACAAUUUGCUCAAGCUGCGCUACAUGAAAUUGGAAUCCUGUCUGCCAUUUCUGAUGGUGACCCCCCCAAUUCCAAGUAUGUUGUGCGACUUAUCGAUCACUUUAAGCACGCAGGCCCUAAUGGACAGCAUUUAUGCAUGGUCCUCGAAUUUCUUGGUGACAGUUUACUCCGGCUGAUCAGGCAUAACCGAUAUAGAGGGCUUGAAAUGGAUAGUGUCCGUGAGAUCUGCAAAUGCAUACUGAUGGGUCUGGAUUACUUGCAUAGAGAAGUAGGUAUAAUCCAUACUGACUUAAAGCCUGAAAAUAUUCUUCUUUGUUCCACCAUAGAUCCUGCCAAGGAUCCGACCAGGUCUGGGCUCACCCCAAUCCUUGAAAGGGCAGAGGGGAGUCUAAAUGGUGGAGCUACAAUGAAUCUUAUUGAAAAGAAGUUGAAAAGGAGAGCAAAGAGGGCAGUUGCUAAGAUAUCUGAAAGAAGAGCUUCGAUGGGAGGAGUAGAACCUCCAAAGUGUGAGAGAAGUCUGGAAGGAAUUGAUAUGAGGUGCAAAGUUGUGGAUUUUGGAAAUGCAUGUUGGGCCGAUAAGCAGUUUGCGGAAGAAAUCCAGACAAGGCAGUAUAGAGCUCCUGAAGUCGUACUUCGAUCUGGAUAUUCUUAUUCUGUUGAUAUAUGGUCAUUUGCUUGUACAACUUUUGAGCUUGCUACUGGUGACAUGCUUUUUGCACCUAAGAGUGGACAAGGCUACAGUGAUGAUGAGGAUCACCUUGCUCUCAUGAUGGAACUCUUAGGAAAGAUGCCUAGAAAGAUUGCCAUUGGAGGAGCUCGAUCCAAGGAUUAUUUUGAUAGGCACGGGGAUUUAAAGAGGAUCCGGAGGCUGAAGUUUUGGCCACUUGACCGUCUGCUGGUUGAUAAAUACAGAUUUUCUGAGGCUGAUGCCCGAGAGUUUGCAGAGUUUUUGUGCCCGCUUCUCGAUUUUGCACCAGAGAAGCGGCCAACUGCACAGCAGUGCCUGCAACACCCAUGGCUUAAUCUCAGGACUCAAAAGGAGACGAAACAUGAAUCUAAUAUGGAAAGUUUGGGUGUUGGUGUGAGCAAUCUUCAGAUUAAAGGUGGGUGAGUGAAGAAGGGACCAGUGGUGUUGGCCACGUCCAUGCCAUUUUCUAGGCCCCUUUCCUCAACGGCACCACCGGUAUGAGUAUUGAUGUGAUGUAUUUUUUGGCUUGUUACAUCUUCAAUAAGAUUUUAUUUUUUAUUUAUUUUUAACUAUUGGUUAACUACAAUGUAAAAUAGUAAUGAUCAUCAUGCUGAAAUGAUAUGCGAGGGAGAAAUCUUAACUGGAAAUGACCAAGAACAACACUGAUGAAUUUGUUUCAAUUAUUUACUCAUGAAUCUGAUUUACUA